AUGGCGAGCGAACGUGUAGUUGUCAAAGAAGACUUCACUGCAGUCGAGGCAGUCGAGGUUGAAAAAACAGUUUCAAUUGAGGAAGAGCAGCGCCCCACGAAAGUCGGAGCUGUUCCCGAGACAGUGGUAAUGCUGGUAGCAACAGUCGUUUCUGAGGAAGAGCAAGCAUCCAGAAAGAUGUGCUUGGCUUCUAGAUUGGAACCUGAUGUGACCAUUGUGGUGAGUGGCCAGGAGUUCCUGGAGUACAGUCAGAUGCUUUGUAGCUGGAGUGAUUACUUUGAGAAAGCUCUGACCAGUGGCAUGAAGGAGAGCAAAUCAAAGAGAUUUGAGUUUCCAGACCGGGAUCCCAAAGAAUGGGAAAUGAUUGUUGCAUUAGUGAAACCACUGGCCUCCAUGAAACUUGACAAAAGCAAUGUCUUUACUGCUCUCUCUUGGUUUUCAGAGCUCUGUUCACCUCAAGGGCUGCAGGAAUGUGACUGUGUCCUUUCAUCUUUACUGGAAGCAGUGGUCACUGUGGCCAGUAGCCAUGAGAUGGUUCUGGACAUUCUUGAUGCAAGUCUGAACUUUUGCCUUCCAAGGUCCAAAGAACGAAGUUUUGCUACAGUCAAGAGCAUCCUUGACAAUGCUGAACUAAUGCCAGAAAAGGCAUGGGUUCAGCGGUUCAUCACAGUUGCCCAAGGUCACAAGGACUGUCUUGGUGACAUGUGGAAUGCCCUUGAGACCCACUUGCCCACCUCUUUCUCUGAGAAGCAGAAAACUGCACUCCUUGAAAAUGGUCUUCUACAUGAGUUUGUGUUCUCAAAGCUUGAGACAUGCCACCUCAAUGGGAAUCACCCUGCAAUCUCUGCGGUCAAGGCAGCAGCUGCAGUUGUGAACAAUGCUAGUUCGAGUGCACGGGCAAAGUUGAAGAAGGAACCCGAAUUCAGACCCUGGCGACAUCUGCUCCAUUAG